AUGCUAUCCAAAGGCCUCAAAAUCUAUCCGAAUAGGGUAGCGCUCCUGAGACUACAGUCGACUAGCGUCACUGGGGUCAAAAAUGCGAGUCCUAUUGCUCAAUUAAAUUAUGUGCUUUCUGAAGAAUUGUCUGAUCAAGUAGGAUCGAGAAAAAUAUUCGAUAGCUUUAAAGCGGGCAUGUUUGAUUUUGAUAAAAAUAAUGGGAAAUCAGGAUUCACUUUGCAGCGUUCUUUCGGUCUGAACACGGUGCUCGGACAAUUGCUGGAGAGAUCGAAAGCCGAUCUGAAGACCAACAUCUCGACUUCUGUUCCAACUCCUCCGGAACCUUAUGAAAUUCUAAUUUUUAUGUGCGACUAUGGCCUUGCGCGGGAUUCGCACUUCAGAAUUGUUUUCGAGCAUUUGGUCGCAACCAAAUCGCCCGAGGACGUGCUUGGCUUUUGGGUCAAGUACCUAGAAACGAUCGCUGAAAACCCCAGGACCAUCACAUAUGGGAGUUAUCAUUCGAAAAACAUAGUUUUGGCCUCCAUUGGGUAUUUACUCCUUGCAGGAGACGAGCCGUCCUGUUCUGUGCUCACUCAGGUUCUAAGGUUUGAUGCUGAAAAGGAACAAAUCCCAUUUACCAAAAUAAGAUCUAAAAUAACGAGACUUCCAUUGAGCGCAUCUGCGAAAAAAAAGGCGUUGAAGAAUUUAGAUGUGUGUUGGUUUCAAUUCUUACAAUCUGACAAGUCUGCGUUUAUCCGGACUAUCGAUGAAUUGACACAUGCCCGUGACCUUAACGAACUUUUCGAACUAUACUCUAGCAUUACUGGACAGCAAAAACAGUCUUUAGAUUGCUCCAUUGUCGCGAAAUUUAUGGACAGAUUUGUAAGCUUGGGAAAGCCUCAGCAAGCGAUCAACUGCUAUAAUAAGGCGAAAGCUGAUGAUUCCUUAGACCUUUCUAUCAAGAACUCUCUUCUGUUGGCCGUCUCUGCAAUGCCAGCCUUUGGCCGUCAGGCCCGCGAAGAAAAACUGAAGAGGGUUGAAGCGGUCUGGAAUUCUUUGAUCAAAACACACCAAGAGACUACCGAUCUUACGUCUUACGUCGCUUUAAUUAAGGCCUUGCACAGAAUUAAUGGUUUUGACGAGAUCAAGCAUUUCUGGAAUCGCGAAAUCCCCAAUUCGUUGAAAAAAGAGCCAGAAUUAUUGCAGGAGUACUUGCUGACGCAGUUUCGAAGACAAAACUUCAAGCUUAGCGAGGUAGAAGGCUUUUUGCCUGAAAUAAUAACCUCCUUGGAUCUUGCCAAUGCCGUUUUAUCAAAAAUGAUUGAGGAAAGGUACGGAGACUCCGCUAUCAGCAGUUUUUACAAAAAGCAGCUGACGGACUCUAAGUUCCUCAAGCCCAAUGCUACCACGUUUGCCAUCAAAAUGUUUCAAAACUAUCUAAAUUCCCAAAACCCAGACUUCAGCUUUUUGAAAAGCAUAUCAAAAAGUAAAAAAGACGUUGCAUCGACUAAUGCUAUCUUUCAAGAGUUUGUGAAUGUUUGCCCUGAUAUGAAGGCGAUAAACAAGCUCUUUGAUGAAAUCAGAGAGCCUUUCGACUCCAGGAAUUAUGGGAUAAUGAUUAAGGCCUUGUUUGCCGAAGGCAAUGCAACAGAGGCUGAAAAAAUUUUUAAAGACUUCGCUACUGGUACACCAUCCUUGAAUGCGAUCAAUAGAUUUGUUCUUGACCCCAUUGUAAUAUCCUUUUGUGAACUUUGUAUCAAGGAGGGAACAGCGGGAUAUUUGAGCAAAGUUCUUCUCUACGCCGAUGUUGCCAAACGGGCACAAAGGCAACUCACUUUCAGCGCCGCGUCCAAAAUUACACACAUGGCGGCUCUACUUGCAAAGUCAAAAGAUAAAGUCAUGUCACAGUCCGACAAGGAUAAUCUCCAUGAUCUUCUAAGAAUAGUCUCUGAGAUUCCGGAUUAUACUCCCUCGCCUCGAGACAUGAAAGUUUUGAAGUCACAAAAGGAGAUAACUUUGCCAGCGUCAUUUCAGUAA